AAGGGAAAAAGGGCGCGGGUGUGGCUGGAGCGUUUCUGUUCUCUUCCCUUGCGGAACACUUAACGUUCAUUCUCCUGUCGCUGUCCGCCUUGUUUGUGUUUCCUUCCCCCCACUUUUACUCAGUGUCGCUCCAUCUCAUCGCUCAGUGUGCUUCUGCUUUUAUACAUUGCGCAUCCCUAAGCGUCGUAAUAAGUCCACUGCCGGAACUGCCAUCAUGGCGGAUUACAACUAUGGAGGCUCCGAGGAGGAGAAUGCGGAGUUGAGGAAGCUUGAGGCCGAGUUGGUCGAUGACCCAGAUAACUUCGAAACCUGGGAACGACUGGUUCGGGCUGGUGAGGCGCUUGAAGGAGGAAUCAAUCGCAACUCCAACCCCCAGGCUAUCACCACCGCCCGAAAUGUCUACGACCGAUUCCUCGCCAAGUUUCCCCUAUUAUUUGGGUACUGGAAGAAAUAUGCGGACCUGGAAUUCUCUAUCACUGGAACUGAAGCAGCAGAUAUGGUUUACGAACGAGGUGUCGCCAGCAUCUCGCCAUCCGUCGACCUGUGGACCAACUACUGCUCCUUCAAGGCAGAGACUUCCCACGAUGCCGACGUCAUUAGAGAACUCUUCGAGCGAGGUGCCAGCAGUGUCGGCUUAGAUUUCCUAGCUCACCCAUUCUGGGAUAAGUAUAUCGAGUAUGAGGAGCGAGUGGAGGCUUACGACAAGAUCUUCGCCAUUCUUGGCCGUGUGAUUCACAUCCCCAUGCAUCAAUACGCUCGUUACUUCGAGCGCUAUAGGCAGCUCGCACAGACUCGUCCGUUGGUAGAGCUUGCUUCCCCCGAGACACUGUCUCAGUUCCGCGCGGAGCUCGAUGCGGCUUCCGCACAGGUGGCUCCGGGCGCAAAGGCCGAGGCCGAGAUCGAGAGGGACCUCCGACUACGCGUCGAUAGUUAUCAUCUUGAGAUCUUCUCCAAGACUCAAACAGAAACCACCAAGCGUUGGACAUACGAGUCCGAGAUUAAACGCCCAUAUUUCCAUGUGACUGAACUGGAUGAGGGUCAGCUGUCGAACUGGAGAAAGUACCUCGACUUUGAGGAGGCUGAAAAUUCAUACGAACGGACUCAGUUCCUGUAUGAACGGUGUCUGGUCACAUGUGCCCAUUAUGAUGAGUUCUGGCAACGCUAUGCCCGGUGGAUGGGCGCACAGCCCGGCAAGGAGGAAGAAGUGCGGAACAUCUAUCAGCGCGCAAGCUGUCUGUAUGUGCCGAUCGCCAAUCCGGCUACUCGCCUUCAGUAUGCCUAUUUUGAGGAGAUGUCGGGACGGGUGGAUGUGGCCAAGGAUAUCCAUGACGCAAUCCUGAUGUACCUACCUAAUCACGUUGAAACAAUCGUGUCUCUGGCCAACAUGUCGCGCCGUCACGGCGGCCUCGAAGCGGCAAUUGAAGUGUAUAAGGGUCAACUCGACUCGCCACAAUGCGACCUGGCUACAAAGGCAGCUCUUGUUGCGGAAUGGGCCCGACUCUUAUGGAAGAUCAAGGGCUCGGCCGAGGACGCCCGGCAGGUGUAUCAGCAAAACCAACAGUUCUACCUGGAUAGUCGGCCAUUCUGGACAAGUUACAUUACGUUCGAGUUGGAUCAGCCCACGAGUUCCGCGACUGAGAACGUGCAGUACGAGCGCAUUAAGAAGGUUCUUGAUGAUAUCCGGUCGAAGAGUUCCCUUGCUCCUGAUGUCGUGAAAGAACUCGUGCAGAUCUAUAUGGUCUACUUGCUUGAGCGAGGGACCAAGGAUGCGGCGAAGGAAUACAUGACUCUGGAUCGCGAAGUCCAUGGCCCUGCGUCUGUUUCGCACACGAAGACUGGCGCCGUGGCCCAAGCGCCUCCCAGUGCCAGUCAAACUACCCCUGUCCCUGAACCCCCCGCGGUUCCCACACCGCAGCCCAACCCUUACGCUUACUACCAACAGACCCCAGUCAAUGGCACUGAAGUUGUCUAGUCGACCUGCGUUUGUAUUACCCUCCCUAGCCGUAACACGAGGUGAAUGACUCUGUGCAGUACCUCCCGGUGGCUUACCUUGUGUAGAACAUUACUUGUCUUCUGAUUUGCUUAGCGAUUUGGCUUUUCGAGGGGGCGAAAGCUAUCUCGUCGGCUGUUUGCCCGUUUUUCUCGAUUGCUUGUUUAUUGUUUCACUUUCUCAAUUUUUUCCCCUUUUUCAAUGAUAUCAUGUGACUCGAUUGGGUGGAAAUUUUACGAGCUUGGACACUUCCCUUGUAUUCUAAUGCUUAGGUAGUAGUAUUAUUCUCAAUACAUUCCCACGGACUUGAAGCAA